CUGGCUUCUCCUGUACCUUAUAAAAAAAAGUCAAGAAAUGACGGACAAGAGCUCUGUUGAUGGGAUUCUAGAGUUUCUCAAAAGAAUCUGUUUCUCUAAAGCAGAGGAAGCUCUGCGCAACGAGCUGAACAACAGCUCUGACUUAAAUGGGUUUCUUCAGAAGCUUAACCUGGAGGAAUAUGAUUGUGAAAGAGAUAGUAGACUUUGGGACUGGCAUCACUGGGUCUGUAAUCAAAUGGGAAAACGGUGAGAAACCUACCAAGAAGGAAACAGUUUAUCAAGUGAGACGAGCUUCACUUUCUCAGGUGACGCUGCUCCUGAUGCACGUUCCUAUAAGUUUACUUCAGAACUGGUUUCGAAGAGGAAAAGAACUUUCACGUGGUUUUAAAUUCGGUCAUAGCUGGGCGUUACCAUGUCACCGAGUACCUUGGAUCAGUAGCCUUCAGUAAAGCCAUACAAGCGCAUGACUUACAGACAUGAAUGGACGUCUGUAUAAAAAUCAUAAAGAACAACAAAGACUUCUUUGACCAGAGUCUUGACGAGAUAAAACGUUUGCAGUAUAUCAAUAAACAUGAUCCUGCUGACAAAUACCAUCUUCUCCAGUUGUAUGAUUACUUUUAUUACCGGGAGCAUUUGCUAAUUGUAUGUGAACUUCUUAAGGCUAAUCUAUACGAGUUCCACAAAUUUAACAGAGAAUCAGGUGGUGAAGUAUAUUUCACAAUGCCAAGAUUGCAGUCAAUCACUAUACAAUGCCUAGAACCACUUCAGUUUCUACAUGGACUUGGACUUAUACACUGUGAUUUGAAGCCUGAGAACAUAUUGGUGAAAAGCUACAGCAGAUGUGAAAUAAUAAAAGGCAUCAACCUAGGAAGUAGCUGUUUCGAGACGGAUCACCUAUGCUUGUAUGUUCAGUCGAGGUCGUAUAGAGCACCAGAAGUCAUAUUGGGACUUGCUUACGAUAAAAAGAUAGACGUUUGGUCUCUUGGGUGCAUUUUGGCUGAACUAUGUACAGGCAAUGUUCUUUUCCAAAAUGAUUCUCCAGCCAGUUUGCUUGCAAGGGUUAUAGGAAUCAUAGGAUCUAUCGAUCAUGAAAUGCUUACAAAGGGACGUGAUUCCCACAAAUACUUUACAAAAAACAGAAUGCUAUACGAGCGGAACCAGGAAAGUAGCAGAUUGGAGUAUCUGAUACCUAAAAGAACAUCGUUGAGACAUAGGCUGCCAAUGGGAGACCAAGGAUUCACAGACUUUGUGGGUCAUCGUCUAGAGAUAAACUUAAAGAAGCGUCCUUCUGCAUCGGAUGCUCUCAAGCACCCUUGGCUUUCAUACCCAUACGAGCCUAUCUCUGCUUAAAUCUCCUGACACAACCAGUGAGUUGCUUUGGCUAUCAUGAAAAAGAAGGCAGCCAAAACCGCGGAUUAGUGGGAAAAAACCUUAUUAUCUGUCCAAAGAUUCGAAGCUCCGUUUAGUGCUUGACGAUGCAAGUUAGUCUUCCUUUGUGGCUGUAGUCUUCGGUCAAGAGAAGAGGUUAUCUGAGUGCAGAAAGGUUAGAGAUUUAGAGGAGAAAGACUUUUGUGAGAUUUGAUUAGAUCAUGUAACACGUGUGAUUAUUCUUCUCUUUAGAACAGAUUGUUGUUUCAUCUUGUUUUUGUAUCAUCAGCUGAUCCUUAGUUAUUUGAUUAUGAGUACUACAUUUGUUUCAG